CACCAGCCCUAGUUCUUGACGCGUUCUGACACGGACGCGGUUUUUGACUCACAGUAUUGAAUUUGUGUGUGUUGUUUGUUAAUUCGCCUCGUUCUGUGGCCAAUUUUGUUGGGGGCCAGCUGCGAAAUCAGUUUUGUGCGGUGUGGGCCAAAAAGAGAAAAAGUGUCGCAAACAGCCGCAUUAGCAUAAUUGCAUGCCGCCUUUUGCUUAAGUGUGUGUGCGCUGGUUUGUUUGAAAGCAUCAGCAGAAAAGGCGGCAAAAAAGAGUGGCACAAAGAGGAGGGAAGAAAACAAAAACAAAAAAAACUGCAACGGCAAACAUAAUCAUUUUCGCAAUGCAUUCAACGUGAAGUUGCUCCAAAAACACCGACAGUCGGCCAAAAAAAAAUCGCAUACAACGAAGAAACGGCACUUCACGUUUCAUGCUUUUUUGCAUCAGGAAUAAACUGCAAUACAGAAAAACCUGUUAGACUUGACCUAAGAUCGUAAUCUUACGGCUGACAUUGGAGUGAUUAUGAGCCUUUUGUGCGCGCGACGCAAUUAACUGACAGCACUUGAAAGUAUGCUACACAAAUUUGUUUCAACUUGUUACUGCAACAACAAAGACAACAACAACGGCAACCAUCCCACGCACUUUAUUAUAUAGACCUGCGUAGUGUGAGAGCGAGCGAGAAGGCAACAGCAACUAGCAACAAGAAGCAACAACAACAACAACAACCACUACAAAAAACCAGGAAACAAAACUGGAAUAUAUAGAAAAUUCUACAACAAAAUAUAACAACAAAGCAGUAAAGCUGUUACUCCUAAAGGUAAACGGAGCCACCGACGGCAAUUAUAGCACAAAGAUGGCGUCCUCACCGACACCAUCUCUGGACUCGAUGCGGGGCGGGGCGAACUCGAUUGAAUCGUACGAACACGCCGGCUAUCUAUCAGACUCCCCGCUCACGUUGAGCGGCUCUUCGCCACCGGCCAGCGAUUCGGCAAUCUGCAGUGAUGAGUACACGGGCGGCAGCAGCGUAAAGUCGCGUUCCGAGGUGACGGUGAUCAAUGGCCACCAUCCCAUCUCGGCCUCCGUCUCGUCUAGCUCCUCGGCCAGCUCAUCCUCCUGCUCGUCGUCGUCCUCGUCCUCAUCCUCGUCAUCGUCCUCGUCCAGCUCCUCGACCAGCGGCCUCAGCGGUUGCGGCAGUACCAGCAGCAGUGUGAUCAGCGCCAACAAUGUGGCCAGCAGCAAUGGACCGGGGGUGAUUGGUAGCAAUCUUCAGGGCUCGAACAAUGGCAGCAACUCAGGCAUCAGCAGCCUGGUCGUGGGAGCCGGCAAGGGAAGCAACAGCAGCAGCAGCAACAGCUCCUCGAGCAACACAUCCGCCAAUGGAUCACCGCCGCGUUGCACCGCCUGCAAGAGCAAGUGCAGCGAUGCGGUGGCCAAGUGCUUCGAUUGCCAGAGCUAUCUGUGCGCCAAUUGUGUGACUGCUCACGAGUUUAUGCACUGCUUCAACGGGCACAAUGUGUGCUUGAUCAAGGGUUUCGAGGCGAGCACCACCGGGACUCCUCUGUCCGUGGGUUCGCCCAGCAACAAUCCGGCCUCGAAUGAGUUCAAGUACGCCAGUUCGCUUACCAUGAUGCUGCAACAGCAGCAGCAACAGUUGGACUCGCAACAACAGCAACAGCAGCAGCAACAAUUGCUGCCGGCGCAGCCUAUGUCGCAACUCUCGAAGAUUGUACUAGCAGCUGCCGCUCAGGCAAAUUCCCAGGAGCAGCAGCGAGAGGAGAGCAUCUAUGGCUCACUGCACCCACAGCAGCAGCAGCAGCAGCAACAACAGCAGCAGCAGCAGCAGCAACAGCAGAGGCAACUCUUCUGCCCACGACACAAACAGGAGCUGCUCAAGUUCAGUUGCCGCACCUGCUGCAUCCUUGUGUGCAAAGAGUGCAUUGUGUUGGAGCACUCUACAGGUCUCCAUGAACUGGAGAAUGUGCAGUCACCCGGAUUGACGACAACCUCGACGGGAUCCACGGCCAAUGACACCGCUUUGCAGACUCUGCUCGCCGACAUGCGCGGCAAGAUUGGCGAGAUUGUCGGCAUUGCCGGAAACUCAGACCAGAUUCUCACCAAGGUGAAGCUGCAGUACCAGAAGGCGCACAACGAGCUGAACGAGACGCACCAGUUCUUCGCCUCCAUGCUGGAUGAGCGCAAGACGGAACUGUUGAAGGAAUUGGAGACCCUGUAUUCGGCCAAGGUGAACAGCAAUAGUUCGUGGCAGCAACGCUCCCGUGACUUGAUCGACAAGGGACUGGCCACCUGCGAGGCGGUUGAGCGGAGUCCAGCUCCGCCAUCCUCUUUGCUGGCAGAGGCCCUGCUCCUGCGCAAAUCCCUGGAGCAGCAGCUACAGACAGGCAUCCAGGAGAUGCAGCUUCCCUUCGAGAUGGAGUUCAUGUCCAACUACCAGUCGAUUCAGGCCGGCGUACGCAACACCUUUGGAUACAUUCGGGCAAGCACCUCGGAUGGAGGACAUGCUGGUCUGAGCCUGACCAGCAAUGGACAUGGAAAGCAGCCCCCGAUUGCCCGACCCACACAGAGCGCCAGCAACAGUAGCGCCAGCAGCGCGGGUAGUGGCCACCAUGGUCACCACCAACAGUCACAUCACCAUGGCCACCACAACCAUCACCAGACUGCACAUCAUCAGCAACUGCAGGCGCAAUCAUCGCUGCAUGGCUUGGGUCUUGGAUUGAGUGGUGCCAGUUUGUUGGAUAGCAGCUCUAACGGAGGCGGAGCUGGAGGAGCCUUCAGCAACGGAGGACUCCUGCUUAGCGGACGUGAUCGCAACGCCCUGGCCGUGGAACAGCACUUCGGGGAACUGAUGCCCAAGCGAGGAGGCGGUAACUACAGCGGUAGCAAUGGAUCAGCCGCCAGUACCGUGGCGCUCCAUUACAACCCAUACGAGAAGUGGAGCAAUGGCGGCAGCGAUAAUCUCUUUUCGUCUGUUACAAGCGGAGGAGCCAGUAGCUCUGCAGUGGCCGAUGCCUUUGCCAGCCUGUCUUCUGUCGGAGGAACCGUGGUGAGUGGCGGUGGAGCCGGCGGAAGUACCGUGAGCUCCGAGUCGCUGCUUGACCUGACCAACAAACUGCUCUCGGCCACUAUCUAUCCUCCCAAGUCGCAAAUCAAGCGCCAGAAGAUGAUUUACCAUUGCAAGUUUGGCGAAUUCGGCGUGAUGGAGGGCCAGUUCACGGAGCCCAGCGGUGUGGCUGUGAAUGCACAAAACGACAUCAUUGUUGCGGACACGAACAACCAUCGCAUCCAGAUCUUCGACAAGGAGGGACGCUUCAAGUUCCAGUUUGGCGAGUGCGGCAAGCGUGACUCCCAGCUGCUGUACCCGAAUCGUGUGGCUGUGGUGCGCAAUUCCGGCGAUAUUAUCGUCACCGAGCGUUCGCCCACACACCAAAUACAGAUCUACAACCAGUACGGCCAGUUUGUGAGGAAGUUCGGGGCCACCAUUCUGCAGCAUCCUCGCGGCGUGACCGUGGACAACAAGGGGCGCAUCAUUGUGGUGGAGUGCAAGGUGAUGCGGGUGAUUAUCUUCGAUCAGAACGGCAAUGUGCUGCACAAGUUCGGGUGCUCCAAGCACCUGGAGUUCCCCAACGGCGUGGUGGUUAACGACAAGCAGGAGAUCUUCAUUAGCGACAAUCGGGCGCACUGCGUCAAGGUGUUCAACUACGAGGGCCAGUAUCUGCGGCAGAUUGGCGGCGAGGGCAUUACCAACUACCCCAUUGGCGUCGGGAUCAACUCGAACGGGGAGAUCCUCAUCGCGGACAACCACAACAACUUCAACCUGACGAUCUUCACGCAGGACGGGCAGUUGAUCUCGGCGCUCGAGUCGAAGGUGAAGCACGCUCAGUGCUUCGAUGUGGCGCUCAUGGACGACGGCAGUGUGGUGCUGGCCAGCAAGGACUACCGGCUCUACAUUUAUCGCUAUGUCCAACUGGCGCCAGUGGUAUUGCACAAAUUGCACAGCAACAUCAAUGACAACAACAAGAGCUACUUGGCAGACAGAAUACAGCAACAUUUCAUUUGAAAGCGAAAACAAAAGAAAUAUUUUUAAUAACCAAACAUUCCCCAUUCAAUUGUGUUAUGUUAAAAUUGUUAUUGAAGAAAGGAAGAUGUAAUAUUUAAUGAAUGGUACGCAUUCAUUUUGAUGGCAAUGCAUGGACAAGUUUACGUUACGCAAUUAUUUUAAAUCAAUUUUGGGACUCAAAAAAUUUUAUAAAUAUUACUAUAUUUGCAAUUAGUGGAAAUGAGUCUCUACGGUCGAACCGCACACAAACAAAUACACACAGACAUGAAUCAACGUUGCUAAAUCAUUGAAUAUGCAUAAAUGUUAGCUCAUCUUACUCAUAAUCACGCAUUCAAUAUAGAUUUUAAUAUUUAUAAAGCUAUAUAGUGCAACUAAGCCGAUCAUGGAAUCAUCAUCUAGUCAUCAUGCAUACAUAUAUGUAUUUUUAUAAUAAUUAAUAUUAAAAAAAAAAAAACCAAAACAAAAACGAAACCGAAAAAUAACACCAAUCUAAUGUUAAAUGUCGUUAUAAUUAAGUUUUCUUUAUAUACACAUAUAUAUUAUGUUUUAGCGAACGAUUUAUAUAUUUUCUGUGUAAGGAUUGAUUUUAACGUCUCCCGCAAUUUGAAUUUCUCUGCUAAAGCCAAGUUGAAUUUGAAAAUAAAAAAACAAGUAUACUGUAUACAGGGUGUUGCUUAAAUGGCUUUCAUAUACUAAAUAGUCAUAUGAAAAUAAGGAAUGUAAUCAGCUAAAGUAAUAUGUUUUCAUUAUGGUUAAUUGUUUACACUGUACGUUCAGUUACAACUCGUAUAUUUCGCUCAAAUUUUGUUUUACAUUUAAGAAAUACAAAGGAAAACUAAAACAAAAAAAAAAAAAAAAAUGUUAAAGUAAAGGACAAGAAAAUGUGGAAAAUAUGGACUGACAAGCAAAUAAUGUAUAUCAUUGAGGGUUGGCAUUUUUAUUCUAUAAAUACAUAUAUAUAUAAAUCUAUAUUACAUGUAGACUUUGUCAGGCAGGCCAUUCUCAGCUGUUUCGAACGAGGAAAUUGUUAACUUUUUGCGUUGAAAUGAAAAGGAAAAUAAAAAAUAUAUACACGCCCACCAAAUGCAUACUAUAUGCUAUAUACUGUUUCUAAUAUGCAUACAAAGAUUUAACCACAGUACAGAACAAUUACAAUUUGGUUCAAGUUUGCAACUGACUCAACUUACUGCCAGGAUCAGCUCAGCUCAGCUCCUCAGACACCCUGCAUGAUACUCACUCAGUCAGUCAUUCAACCAUUCAAUCAGUCAUUCAACACUCUACCAAUAUUACCCACAACUCGAGCACAAUUUAAUGUAAUAAACCAAUAAACCAUGGCAAUUUUCUUGAGAAAAACGAAACCAAAUACGCAUUUAACUUGAAUCUUCUAUAUUUUUAAUUAACACCAACUGUUUUUUUUAUGUAUUACAUUUGAAUUCGUCAAGAACAAGCAAAAACAAACAGCAAAUUAAAAUGUAAUCAUAGUCGUAACUAAAUCGAAUACGAUGUAAUUGAAUGUGAACGUUAUUAACUCAUUAACUAUUAUUAUUAACUAAGAUUCCAACUGUAUGCGCAUUUUAUAUAUAUACACUUAUAUAUAAAAAUAGGGAGAACCCAAGAUAACAACUCAUUAAUGUAAUGUGUAAGAGAAAACCAAAAAUAAUUACGUAAAUUAUAUAUAAAUAUUUUUAUACAUGUGGAAAACGUAAAACAAAGAUAAAAUCAUAAUAAUUUAUUAAAAGCUGCAAUUUGCUAAAGUGACGAGUUCGGGAACACCUAUUUGAAUUUGAUAUAACAGAUUUUGAACUCUACCCAAAAAUCGAAUAGCAAAGUCAAGGGCGUCAGCGAGAACUUGGGAAAUAAUAAUAGAAACAAAUGAAAGUCUUUUUAAUGCUUAGGGGCCACAAUUUUCGAAGUAAUUAAAAAAUGAAAAAAAAAAACAUUAAAU